AAAAAACACCCGCAAUUCAUUCUAACAUUUUCUCAUUUAAUCGUCCCAAAAAUAAGUUUAAAUCAUCGUUGUUAAAGUUAAUUUAAAUAAACUUGUUACAAUGGCGCUACAGGCUGCAUCUUUGGUACCCUCUUCUGUCUCAUUUCAUAAAGAAGGUAAAUGCAUUGGUUUUAAAGAGACAUCCUUUUUUGGAGUUUCAUUCUCUGAUCAUUUGAAAGCUGAAUUUUAUGCUCCGUCAUUGAGGAUUAAGCAAGAAUUGAGAAAUGGAAUGAUUAAAGCUCAAACAGUGACAGCAUCACCAUCAGUCGACCAAGCUACCCUUGAAGGAAAGAAGACACUAAGAAAGGGAAAUGUAGUUAUUACAGGAGCCUCAUCUGGGCUGGGCUUAGCCACGGCCAAGGCCCUCUCAACGAUGGGAAAUUGGCAUGUAACCAUGGCCUGUAGAGAUUUCCUCAAAGCAGAGAAAGCAGCCAUUAGAGUAGGUAUGCCCAAAGGAAGCUACUCUGUCAUGCACCUUGACCUUGCCUCCCUCGAAAGCAUACGCCAAUUUGUAGAUAACUUUCGCCGUUCUGGUAAACCUCUUGAUGUUUUGGUUUGCAAUGCGGCUGUGUAUUUGCCUACGGAUAAAGAGCCUACCUUUACUGCUGAUGGCUUUGAGCUUAGUGUUGGGACCAACCACCUUGGGCAUUUUCUUUUAUCAAGGUUGCUCAUUGAUGACCUGAAGCAGUCUGACUAUCCAUCAAAGCGUCUUAUCAUUGUUGGCUCUAUCACAGGGAACUCAAAUACAGUAGCUGGGAAUGUUCCUCCAAAGGCAAACCUUGGAGAUCUGAGGGGACUUGCCGGAGGGCUGAAUGGGGUAAACACCUCAUCAAUGAUUGAUGGAGGUGAAUUUGAUGGUGCUAAGGCCUACAAAGACAGCAAAGUUUGCAACAUGCUCACUAUGCAAGAGUUCCACAGGCGGUUCCAUGAAGAAACUGGAAUUACUUUUGCAUCACUCUACCCUGGAUGUAUUGCUGAGACUGGUCUGUUCAGGAAUCAUGUUGCGUUGUUCAGAACUCUUUUCCCACCCUUCCAGAAAUACAUUACAAAAGGUUAUGUUUCUGAGGAGGAGGCUGGAAAUAGGCUUGCACAGGUGGUCAGUGAUCCGAGUUUGACGAAAUCAGGGGUUUACUGGAGCUGGAACAAGAAUUCAAAAUCUUUUGAAAAUGAGCUGUCAAAGGAAGCUAGUGAUGAAGAGAAAGCAAAAAAAUUGUGGGAGGUUAGCGAAAAACUUGUUGGAUUGGCUUAGGAAUGUUUUAUAUAUUACUGCAUCCAGCAGCCAAGUAUCCAACAGUUAUGUUUUCAAUAGAGUGAUAGGAUAAGUAGUGCAAAGGUAAUGUAGAAUUGAAGGAAACAGUGCAGUGUAUAAAUCAGAAAAUAUAUCAUUCUAUGCUUCGCAUGAUUGCAUUCAUCUUGUAUCUCAUCCUGGGUGGUAUUGUUAUUUCUGAUUUCUAUAUUGGUUAA